UAUUUGUUUGUGUAAAUUUCGUAGUAAACACGUCCUAUUUUUGGUCUGCGAAUUAUUAAUUUAUAAACUUUAUCAAUGCACGUGUAAUGAAAAGGAGUUCUACAAUGGACGGACAAUUAACUUAUGAAUCAGCAGUCAAGAAAGCUCAAUUGGUGGAGCGUAACCCCCAAUUUCAAUUGGAUCCUAUGCGUGUCUCGCACCACGAUGAAAGUGAUAUAAUUAAUCUAGCGCAGCAAAUACAAACGGCGGAUAAGCAUCUGAAGCACAGCACCAGCCAGAAAUUGGUUGUUAUACUGGACCAGAUAAAAAUGCUGCAAGCACAAGCUAUGAAUAUACUCAAGGAGUCCAAUGAGAGUCGAACACUACACAGCGCUGCUUGCAAUUUCGCCAAGAAACCUGGCCAUAUCUAUCAUCUUUACCAAAGAGCCACUGGCCAGAACUAUUUUAGCAUGCUGUCACCAGAAGAAUGGAAUCAUUCUGUGGACCAAACGUAUAAGGGCAGCUAUAGACUCGAAUAUGAUUUAAGCUGGACACCGAUAGAUAAAAUAAAGGAGCAUGAUGAUAAACUUAAAUGGGUGGAACAAUGCAUAAAUAGCGGCAACGGUACAAAACUUGCUAUUGAUUUUAAUGUUACAAAUAAUUAGAGCAAUAAUAAAUUUCAAUGACAGAU